AUUAAGAGUCAGCCGCCCACAACACCCUCCUCUUUCUCUCUCUCAUUUCCCUUCCUUGCUGUGCACUGCAAACAAACCAAAACUUCCCCUCUUUCCUGUCUCUCGCGCUGCGUGAACCGCGGAGCAAGAAGGAAGGGAAGUUGCAAUCGGGAAGCCUACAGAUCUCCAUCCCCGAACACUCGGGCGUGGUGAGUUGCCUCUCAUCCUCCUCCUGGUCCCGUGCGCGCUACUAGAUUCGGUUUCGCCCUGGAGGUGAGGGAUUGAUGAGAUUGUACCGACAUCGGGGAGUGGAUUGAAGGAAUCGAUCCUUUUCUGUGUUUUCCCCAUCCGGGGAUAGGGGGGACGGUUACUGGCCCUUGCAGCCUCUGUCUCGCGAUUGAGGAUUCGACCAUCAGUGGGGCGAAGUGACGGUUUUGCGCCACUUUUUCCCCAAUCCUGAUUUGAUAUGCUUCGAACGAGCGAUGGGCUUGUAACCUCGGUUGCUGUUCUGACCGGCUCUCUCUGAGGGUUUCCUCCAUCCUGCACUGGAAGGAAGGAACCCUUGGCUUGCGUCUCCAUGGCUAACACUUCGUAGUGUGAAGGAUCUAACUUUGUAGUGUUAGUGUAAAUAGUAGUGGUAGCAGUCAGAGGAAGCUCCGGCCUUCUUAGCCCCCUGUGAAGAUGUCGUCAGCAGGUGUGAUUGCCCUUGGGCCAGUCCCAGAAGACUUUGCGCUCUUGCCCAUCUGCUUUGACGGCAGCCGGUCGCCGCACUGCCUGUCUGGGUCGCAGCUGCAGGAUUCCAUUCUCAUUUUCCUCGCUGUGCCCGGCGCGCCGCUCAUGCCCAUGAGCGUGCUGGGCUCCGAGUCUGUCGCCUCGGUCAAGCUGCGCAUCCAGCGGUUCAAGGGGUUUGUGGUGACAAAGCAGCGGCUCGUGCUGGAUGGGCAUGAGCUGGCGCGCAACAACUGCCCUGUCAAAGAUUAUGGGCUGGCUGAGGGAAAUGUUCUGCACCUUGUUAUUCGGCUGUCCGAUCUCCGGGUGAUUAACAUUGAGACUGCCACAGGGAAGAAGUUUCAGUUCCAGGUGGACCAAAGCCGCAGUGUCAAGUUUCUCAAGACCAAGCUUUCAGCAGAGGGUGAUGAGGAUAUUGAUAACCUGGAGGAUCACAAGCUGGAAUACGAUGGUAAGGAGCUUGAGGACCACCAGCUGAUUGCAGAUAUUAGCAAGAGGGAUGAUGCUGUGAUUCAUCUGUUCAUCCGCAAACCAGCAAAGGUACGAACACAGCAAGUUGGUAGAGAUACUUUGGUUACAAUUGUCAACCCAGAGGAGAAAGCCAACCUACAAACCGAAGCUCAUGCUGUGAACCCUGCAAAAUCAGCUAGUGUUAAGCCUGCUCUUGUUGAACCAAUUGUUGUUAAUCCAAAAGUGAAGCUGUCACCUGAAGUGAUGAAAAUGAUAAGCUCAACCAUAGCUGGACUGGAGAAUGGGCACCUGCCUAUGAUGUCAGCUGAAGGUUCAGGAGGGGUUUACUUCAUGCAAGAUGCAACUGGUCACAAGAAUGUUGCUGUGUUUAAGCCUAUUGACGAGGAACCUAUGGCUGAAAACAACCCAAGGGGCCUUCCUUUGUCCACUGAUGGGGAAGGAAUGAAGAGGGGAACAAUUGUGGGGCAAGGUGCAUUAAGGGAAGUUGCAGCUUAUAUUCUCGACCAUCCAGUUGGUGAUCGUAAAUCGGGUCACAGUGUCGGGUUUUCUGGCGUUCCUCCCACAGCAUUGGUCCGUUCCUUACAUAGGGGGAAGAGCUUCAAGGUUGGGUCAUUGCAAAUGUUCAUGGGGAACAAUGGAAGUACUGAGGAUAUGGGUCCUCGUGCAUUCCCAGUCAAGGAGGUCCACAAGAUAGCAGUGUUAGAUAUUAGGUUAGCGAAUGCUGAUCGCCAUGCAGGGAACAUUUUAGUGUGCAAGGAGGGAGAAGAUGGCAGCUACAAGCUGAUUCCAAUUGAUCAUGGUUACUGCUUGCCAGUGAAGUUUGAAGAUUGUACAUUUGAGUGGCUCUACUGGCCCCAAGCCCGCGAGCCAUUCAGCGAUGAAACCAUUGCAUACAUCAAAUCACUCAACGCUGAAGAAGACAUCAAGCUUCUCAAGUUCCACGGGUGGGAGCUGUCUCCGAGAUGUGCUCAUGUCCUGCGUAUCAGCACCAUGCUUUUGAAGAAAGGUGCAGAUCGAGGCCUCACACCCUAUGACAUAGGGCGCAUACUGUGCAGGGAAACUGUGAAUAGAGGCUCUGAGAUAGAGGACAUCAUCCAGGAAGCAGAGGAUGCUGUUCUUCCAGGGACAAGCGAAAAUAUGUUCUUAGAAACCGUAUCUGAAAUCAUUGACCGUCACCUGGACAAGGAGUUUGUUUAGAGUUUCAGAAUAACUGAUCUAGUUGUUCCAGCUGUAUUCAGUUUGUUGUAAGUAUGUUGACAAGGCACUGGUCAAGGAACUAAUGAUUUCAUUUGUUUAUAUCCUCUCAAAUGAUUUCACUUGCUUGUAUUUGCUCAAGUACAUUGCUUAUGCACAUUUUGUGAAUAUAUGUCUUGUGUUGGACCUUA